AUGGAGACAGAGUCACGGCCCUUUCUGAUACCCACCGCGACAGAUGGUGAGCAGCAGCAGCAACAAGGCUGGUGGCCUCAGGUUCAGCAUACGUGCAAAUCCAGCUUCUCUAAGCGGGUUGUCCCUUGGAUUGGAGUUCCCGUGCUCAUAAAUGCAGUCGUCUUGAUUUAUCUUGCUUUCUGGGUCGCGCCCCAGCUGCGCGGCCUCCAACGCCACUUUGUUCCCACAAAAUUCACUGACUACUCCCAAACGGCCUAUUUUCAGGAUCCCGGCUCAUCGACCGAUGCAGCUUGGGAGGAUCUACUUGGGGAUAUGUUCAUCCGAGUUUCAACCGAGGAACUGGACCUGGCAAACCAGACCUCAAUCUCGCUACCCCGAGACGACAAGCACCUUGCCUGGCUUGGAGUCCACCACGACCUGCAUUGCAUUAACACCGUCCGCCAAUGGAUUCACCGGGACUAUUACCAUCCCGAUUUAACAGCCGCAGAGCAGAACAAACUCGAAUCCCACGUUAGCCAUUGCCUGGACAUGCUGCGCCAGAGUGUCCAGUGCCACGCCGAUGCAUAUCUGAUGACCUUCCGGUGGACAGAGACCCGGCGGAAACCCGAGUUCAACCCCGCAAUGCCUGUGCGAACAUGUGUCGAUUUCAAUCUUUUGCGACGGUCACUGCAGCCUCGGUCGGUGGAAUUGGAAGAGAUCCAGGGGUUGGAGAACCCACUAAUGGGGAAAGAGAUGUGA